AUUACGUUUAACUUUGAGCAGGUUCCGGUACAAAAUUCAAAUCCUUAGGUUUCAGCUUCACGCCUGCUCAUGUCACUGAGAAGACGAGAGGAGAUUGGGAAGUCCAUGCUUGCCUUGCUUGGAACCUGUUCGAUUAAAAACCCUUGUAAGUCAUUCUACUCUUAACACUCCCAGAAUGUUUAGCUUCUGUAGCAGAAAACUUAAUAAUAUGAAGUUGUUUGGUAAUUUAUCAACAUUUCUGCUUCCCAAUCGAAACUCAUCUCUUAGGUUUAGCUCAAAUGCCACAGAACAACCGUCUCUCACGGUUGAUUAUCUCAUAAACAGAUGUGGGUUAACCGAAGAAUCUGCUUUUAAAGUCUCCCAAAGGUUUAACAUGAAAUCCACCACAAAAGCAGACUCGGUUCUCGCCCUGCUCAACAGUUAUGGAUUAACCCAACCCUAUAUCUCAAAGAUAAUCAGCAAGGACCCAAAAGUACUCUCUGCCGAUCCUAAGAAAAUUUUGGAACCCAAGAUUGAAUUUUUCUCUAAUAUGGGGAUUUCAGGCCCCGACCUUGGGAAGAUCUUCUGCAAUGACUCAAGCUUGCUGGCGAGUGUCAGUUUGGAAAACCAAAUUGUUCCUUCCAUUGAAUUCCUUAAGAGUUUCCUUCACGAUAAUAAGAAUGUUGUUGUGGUCUUGAGUCGGUUAAGGUGGAUUAAGGGGAUUCAAAGAGUAAUGAAACCUAAUAUUGAGAUUUUGCGAAAUGAGGGGGUGCCAGAAUCUAGAAUUUUGAAACUAAUUAUGUUAGCGCCUCAAUUACUUACUUGGAAACAACCUCAGUUUAAUGAGGUUGUCUCGCAAGCCAAGGAAAUGGGGUUUGACCCCUCGAGUUUGAUGUUUAUCCAUGCCGUCCGCACACUGGCACAGAUGAAGAAGACUAUUUUGGAAGCGAAAUGGGAGAUUUUUAGGAGUUUUGGAUGGUCGGAGGAUGAGAUUCUCUGCAUGUUUAGAAAACAACCCCAGUGUUUGACUCGCUCAGAGAAAAUGCUUAGAAUGCGAUUGGAUUUCUUCAUGAACAAACAGAGUUUGACAGCAGCAGAAGUUGCCCGUAUGCCAGUCAUUUUGCUUCUUAGCAUGGAGAAGAGAACUGUUCCAAGGUAUUCUGUUAUUCAAGUUCUUCUCUCCCGGGGUUUGAUGAAGAAACAAAGUAUUAGUACUGCACUGAUAUUGAAUGAAGAUAAGUUCUUGGAAAAAUUUGUUAGGAAGUAUCAGCAGGAGCUACCUCAGCUGUUAAAGGAGUACAAACGUAACAUGGGAUGACUUGCAAAAUGGGAUUAGUGAUUUGCAGAAUUUGUCCUUACAAUUUUAACAGGUAUUUGCACUUUUAUACAUGAUGAUACUUGGCCAUGUAAAUGUCUAGGUUAUUUACUUGCUUUCUUUGUCUACAGGUAAGAUUCUCUUCAAUUGAUAGUUAGGCUCCAUUUGUUUCC